AUGGCUCUCAUCGUCGACAAGCAUCGCCCACGGUCCUUGGAGGCUCUUUCAUACCAUCAAGAGCUUUCAGACCGACUUCAGUCUCUCGCUCAGAGCGGCGACUUCCCGCAUCUUCUAGUCUACGGCCCAUCAGGAGCUGGAAAGAAAACAAGAAUAGUGGCAACACUGAAAGAGCUGUUCGGCCCUGGUGUAGAGAAGAUCAAGAUCGACGCACGAGUAUUCCAGACGUCCAGCAACCGAAAGCUGGAAUUCAACAUUGUCGCUUCGAACUACCACCUGGAAAUCACGCCGUCCGACGUGGGGCAAUAUGAUCGAGUUGUCGUGCAGGAUCUCCUGAAAGAGGUGGCGCAGACGCAACAGGUAGACCAGUCCGCAAAGCAGCGAUUCAAGGUCGUUGUCAUCAACGAAGCAGACCACCUCACUAGAGAUGCCCAGGCGGCGCUUCGUCGUACAAUGGAAAAAUACUCGCCAAACUUGCGUCUGAUUCUUCUGGCAAAUUCGACAGCGAAUAUCAUUGCACCAAUUCGUUCAAGAACGCUGCUUGUCAGAGUUGCUGCUCCGACGCACGAGGAAAUCUGCGACGUGCUUGCGCAAUCGGCAAAGAAGGAGAACUGGGAAGUCGUCAAAGGCCUGCAUGAAAGAAUAGCUGUGGAGAGUGGCAGAAAUCUUCGUCGUGCAUUGCUAAUGUACGAGGCCGUCCAUGCACAAAAUGAGAAAGUAACAGACACGACGCCUAUCCCGCCUGCAGAUUGGGAGGCACUAAUCGGCCAGAUCGCCAAGGAGAUCAUCGAGGAACACACCCCCGCAAGGAUCUUGCAGGUGCGCGCCAAGCUAUACGACCUACUCACGCACUGCAUCCCGCCCACGACCAUUCUCAAGACUCUCACUUUCAAGUUGCUGGGUCUCAUUGACGAUGGGCUGAAAGGAGAGGUCAUCAAGUGGUCUGCCUUUUACGAGCACCGAAUAAAGACUGGCACCAAGGUCAUCUUUCAUCUGGAAGCAUUUGUGGCCAAAUUUAUGCGCAUCUUAGAAAUGUAUCUGAUGAGCAUGGACAUGUGA